CGUAAACCUACUGGCGGGCGUGAUGCGGUAGGUGGAUUACAUCAAGAAGCGCAUAUAUCCAUGGAAAAUGGCUACGGAAAUCCAUCUGCGUCUAGUACUCGGUUCGGCUUCGCGGCUGCGAUUUGUAGCUCGGACCAGAUGGGUCAACAAGACCCAUGGUUUUGGUAUCAUGGAUCCGUGCCGCUUUCCUACAACUCGGGUCCUCCGCAAAACUCUAUGAGGUGGCGCGCCUCCUAUCAACAUCCUGCUGGCGAUCAUUACGACCACGACAACUCGGUUGCGCAAAUAUUCGGGCAUUACUCUAGUGGCCGCGCAAAAGAGUUUUCCGCCAAGUCCAACAACUCGUCAAGGAACGGCACCGCCAGAGCAAUACCAAAAACUGCGCCGUCGGCAUCCAUGUCGAAAAUGCUAAAUGAGCUGUUGAAGAGACCGGAAAAGGUACACGAAGUCGCUCCUGUGCCGGUUUUAGCGGAACGACGUGAAGGCUUUUCGAGUUCGACGACAAAUUUGUCGUCUCAGACCUGUUCUGCGCAACAAGCAGAGGAAGAUGAGCGGGAGCGUAGACUCCUUGAAGGAAUAGAAGAAGAGUUGUUAGAAAUGGACGGAGAAAAACCUCUUCAACGAGAAGUGUCGGAACAGCCGCCCGAAACGACAUCUCGAUCCGCCACUUCGACAGACAACGAGCAAACGGAUAAAGAGGAAUAUCAAGCGGUGCUCCAGUCCUCCAACGACAUCAAGCUGAAAUCGACAACCACAGCUCGUCAGGGUACUGCGAAGAGCGCGGCGGGUGAACCCUGGACUUCAUCCUACGAUCACCUGAGACGCC